AUGAACAGUGCUGCCAUCCCGCUCCCUCCCGUCUUCCACACUGUGGACGAGAUGUACCCGCUCGAGGGCGAAGAUUUGAAAGAGAUUCAGUCCCGGUACACGAAUCUGACCCAACAAUUCGAGAAGAUUUAUGGGUCUGCUCCGGCCUACUUCGCCCGCGCUCCCGGACGCGUCAAUCUCAUCGGCGAGCAUGUGGACUACAGCGGCUAUGGCGUGCUGCCCAUGGCAUUGGAUCGACAGGACACCAUCAUGGCCGUCCGCGUGGUGGAGGGCAACGUGCAGGAGGACACCAUCAACCUGCACAACGUCAGCGACAGGUUCCCCACCCGCGCGCUGACCGCGUCGUCGUCCAUCGACGUUGCCCACGACUGGUCGCGCUACGUGCUCGCCGCCUACCGCGGACUCGAGCAGGCCAAGGACCUCGUCGGUGACGAUGGCCGGGGCGGCGAAGAGAAGCAGACGCCGCCGCAAACGAUCAACAUCCUCACCCACGGGACCGUGCCCAUUGGAUCGGGGCUCUCGUCGUCGUCUGCCCUCGUCUGCGCGUCCUCGCUGGCUCUGGCGCAGGCCAACAAGCAACGGCUCUCCAAGACCCAGAUGGCCGACCUGGCAUGCAAGGCCGAGCGAUUCAUCGGCAUGGAGUCUGGCGGCAUGGACCAGGCCAUCUCGUUCCUGGGCGAGAAGGGCAAGGCGAAGAGAAUCGACUUCGAUCCGCUUCGGGCUUCCGAUGUGAUGAUUCCCGAAGGCGGUGUCGAGGCCAACAAGUACGCGACGCUCGGAUCGGGCUAUAACAUGAGGGUCGUCGAGUGCCGCUUGGCUGCAGUGCUGCUCGGUAAGGCGCUCGGCAUCGAGGACUGGGUCCAGAUCAGGCGACUAAUCGAUGUGCAGAAGCUUCAUAAGCCUCAGCCUUCGCUCGAAGACUUGGCCGGCUUCGUUAAGCAGCACCUGCACGAAGAGGCCUACUCCCUCAACGAGCUGGCCGAGCUCACCGGCUUUGAUGUCGAUCGAGUGAGGAAGGACUAUCUGGGCAGGAUCGUUGUGGAGGACGUGAACCAGAAGGUCUUCCACCUUUGCCAGAGGUCGCUUCAUGUGUACACCGAGUCCAAGAGGGUGGAGGACUUCCAAGCGAUCUGCCAGACGAAGGCCGCUUCGGCCGAGGAGGCCAGCAGCCAGCUUGAGGUCCUGGGCAAGCUCAUGAACGAGUCGCACUUUAGCUGCAGGGACCUCUUCGCCUGCUCGUGUUCGGAGCUGGACCAGCUGACCGCCUUGUGUCGCGAAGCGGGAGCUGUUGGUUCUCGUUUGACUGGCGCUGGAUGGGGUGGUUGGACUAUCUCCCUUGUCCCCACGCACAAGGUGGACGCUUUCUGUACCAAGGUGAAAGAGACGUUCCCUGAGCUGCUGGUGACGAAGCCUGGUACGGGCGCUGCCGUCUAUGUACCGAUCGCUCACUGA